ACGCGCAAUAUAUCACACGGCCCUAUAAAUCCCCGCCACGUUACGAGUAUAUGACCAUGUGAGGUGAGGGGAUGAAGAGAGGGAGCUCUCCAGGAAGAGAGGUUUGAGAGAGAGAGAGAGAUGGAAGGGCAGCUGCCACCGAAGAAAGCGGGGAUGAAGCCAAAGGAGCGGCUCUUCCGGGGUGUAAGGAUGAGGAAGUGGGGGAAGUGGGUGGCGGAGAUCAGGGAGCCCAACAAGCGGUCCAGGAUCUGGCUGGGGUCGUACUGCACCCCGGUGGCCGCCGCCAAGGCCUACGACACCGCCCUCUUCUACCUCCGCGGCCGCGCCGCCCGCCUCAACUUCCCUGACGACGUCUCCGUCUACGACGCUGGCAGCGGUGCCGACAUCGGCAUGCCGACGGCGUUAAUAAGGAAGAAGGCGGUGGAGGUGGGCGCCAAGGUCGACGCGCUCCAGCUGAGAAGCGCGUCCGUCUUCUCCUCUCGCUCUCAGGAAUACCGGCGUAGGAAAGAAGAGAAACGGUAUAAGAACCCCGACCUCAACCAGGAGCCCACCCCCGAGAGCUCCGAUGACGAGUGGAGCAGCGGCUUGCAGUAGUAGAUUUGUACGUAUGUAGUGGAACAUGAAAUGAUCUCUUUUCUUUGGAGCGAAAUCUGUUCGAUGUAAAGAGCUUCGAUGAUACUUUAUUUGGUUUCCAUUUCCCUUCCGAAGCAUUAACAAUCUUCGCUUUGCAGGUGAAUAAGAUUCCUGUGGUUAACCCUGUA